UCUCGUUGCAGAUUCUGGACAACAAAACAACUGAUUCCUGUUUUUUGUUUUGUUUUGUCAUUGCAGAGUCUGGACACAACAAAACAACUGAUUUGUGUUUUGUUUUGUGUCUUAAGCUGUGUCCGAAAUCACUCACUCGUUCACUCAUUCACUAAUCCCUAUAUAGUCUAUGGCAGUUAAGUGCACUAUAUAUCAGAAAGGAUUGAACAAAAUGAAGUGAGCGAAUUCAGACGCUGACGUAGGCCUAUACUCCACGUCAAAGAGCUGGAACUGUUGCAGAAACAUCUCCGUCACAUAUGUAGUUUAUAGUUUAGUUUAGUUUAGUUUUUUUGUUGUGCCACAGUGUGGGUUCUGAAUUGUAACAUUCUCAUCAUGCUUUUAAGGUCAGAUUAAAUUAAUUCCGGCUGACCGGAGAUCCAUUGCAAUGUUAGUCUAGUGAAGCGGGAGGCAUAUUUAGAAAAGAAAACAUAAACUUGCCAAGCUCAAGUUCAAGUUGUACUCUGGAAUCACAACAAGUAUGUGCUUUUGAAAGUCCAAAUGCACGUUUAUAUCAGAAACGUCUCGUUUCAGAUUUCAGACAUGCAUGCUUUAAUAAUUUCAAUGCCUUUUUUGGCAUUGCAUUUCUCUUGUGGUAUGUCAUCACUUUUAUGUAAAGUUUUUGUGUUUACUUAACUACUCAUAACUACAGUAUAAUUACAUACAUAUAUAGUAUUUACAGAACUUCAGGACUUCAUUGACUUUUAUUGUUUCCGACAAUCUUAUCCUACACCUAUUCUUACUUAACCUUUACACACAUUUUCUGGAUUUGAAUUAAUUAUUGUGUGUACCAUUAGGAUGUCCCCAAAAAGUAGGUGAUUUCAGGCCAGGUCUGUGUGUGUGUGUGUGUGUGUGUGUGUGUGUUUGUGUGUGUGUGUGUUACAGGAUGCCUCUUGGGGGUGGAAACAAAUGUGGCUGCUGCCAGAAAACAGUGUACUUUGCAGAGGAAGUGCAAUGUGAAGGGCGGAGCUUCCACAGAUCCUGCUUCCUGUGCAUGGUGUGCAGGAAAUGUCUAGACAGCACUACUGUAGCCGUCCAUGAGAAUGAGAUCUACUGCAAGGCCUGUUAUGGCAAAAAGUAUGGGCCCAAAGGCUACGGCUAUGGCGCUGGCGCAGGAACUCUGAGCAUGGAUAAAGGAGAGUCACUGGGAAUUAAACCUGCAGAGCCUCAGGAACACCAGCCAACCAAUAACCCCAACGCAUCCAAGUUUGCUCAAAAGUUUGGCGGCUCUGAUAAUUGUCCUCGGUGUAGCAAGGCCGUCUACGCAGCUGAAAAAGUCAUAGGGGCAGGAAAUGCAUGGCACAGGGGUUGUUUCCGAUGUGCAAAGUGCGGCAAGGGGCUGGAAUCUACAACUUUAGCCGACAAGGAUGGUGAAAUCUACUGCAAAGGUUGCUAUGCCAAAAACUUUGGACCAAAGGGCUUUGGAUACGGUCAAGGUGCUGGAGCGCUGUCACACACUCAAUAGAUCAGCGUGACACCAAUCGUAAGCAUCUGUUGAAGCACGAGUGCAUGAGUGAGUGCAUGUCAGUGUCUUGAAAAUGGAAACCGGUGUCAGUCAAGAAGGAAACCAGAGUCCAGGUGCUUCUGUCUAAAUCUUAAAGAAGACACGUUCCACAUUUCAACACAUUCCACAAGACAUCAUGUCAUUGUCUUAAACCCAUAAACAUGUCUUCUUAACUCUUGAACAUUGCCAAAUGCUUGGAAGAACGUCAAGUAUGUAAACAAAACAUGGGAUUAGACUUAAUCUGCUCACCUAUGAUGAUCACUUGGGUUUGUCAAGAUUUAGUGGAACCUGAGCUGUGCUGUCAGUAUUCCUCUGCUUAGAUGUACUGUCUGUUCUCUAAUGGAUCUGCAUGAGUUUACUAGUUUACCACAUGAUUGUUUGAGCUUUAAUCACAGUAAAGAACGUUUUCUUCAGCUCUAUUCAAAGCAUGAAUGCGUCACAAGUACUCCCUGGCUUAAGAUGCACUAAAUUUAUUUCACUAUCAAUGGAAAAAUAUCCCACAUAUGCAUUCUGCAAGAACUUUAAGAUGUUAUAGAAGUAAACGUACAAAUAUGCACAGUUUUGGUGUCUUUUUUUUUAGUUGUGUCCAUUAAACUGAAUAGCUGGUGAAUGUAAAUGUUUGUAAGAUAUAUUUUAUGUCAAAUGAAUGUGCCUUGCAAGUAAGCAGCGUUAGUUUCAGUGUAUAUUUCUAGUAGAUGGAAUAUGGUGUCACACAUUCAAAACAAAACAAAUGUUCACUGGUUUUUAAGCUUU